AUGGCCCUCCCUCCCGGUUACGCUAUUGCCGGGGAUAGCUCUCUUCCCGCGAUGGAAGCAUUUUCUGGCGUACCUUCGGGGACAAACACUACCUCCUCCGUCGACCAUUCCCAUUGGUCCCCGUCCCUCUCGGCCUCUCUUUACAAGAUUGACAGCUGGGCUGCCCCUUACUUCUCCGUCAACUCUUCCGGGAACAUAUCGGUUAGCCCGCACGGUGCCGAGACUUUCCCUCACCAAGGGAUUAACCUAAUGAAGGUCGUGAAGAAGGUUUCCGAACUGAAAUUCUCCGGAGAAUUAGGUUUACAAUUUUCUCUUAUUGUACGCUUUCCUGAUGUUUUGAAGAACAGCCUCGAAUCUUUGCAAGCAGCUUUUGAUUCCGCGAUACUUUCUCAAGGCUAUGAUUCGUAUUAUCAAGGCGUUUACCCAGUGAAAUGCAACCAGGAUCGUUUCGUGGGGGAAGGCAUCGUUGAGUUCGGAUCGCCCUUCCGGUUCGGCCUCGAAGCUGGAUCGAAAACCGAGCUCCUCCUUCCGAUGACCUGUCUAUGCAAAAGUAAUCCUGAAGAUUUUCUUGUCUGCAACGGUUACAAAGACGUGGAAUACAUCUCGCUUUCUUUGAUUGCGAGGAAUUCCAUCUGA